GAUAGUUAGUCCGUGACCGAAGCGUGCAACGGCGUUAUCAGAGAAUAACAAAUGUCGAUAAUGCGAAUGAGUACUCUUUUUAACAACAACAUUUAUUCAAUAAACAGUCUUCAAAGUCAUUAGCUGGUUAUAAAAUAACAUUCGGUUUUAUUCAUUUGAAAAGUAAAGUCGUAUUUGUCGUAUAUAAUGCCGAAUGAGAAAGUGGAACUUCGUGUAGUGACUUAUAUGUGUCCGACGCACCCGGUGCAACUGUACGAGUUGAUCUUGGAAUUGCUGGAGGAUGCGCUGGGCUGCUACACGACGCUCCAGUAUGAAAGUAGAACUCCCGGCCCAUUCCCUGACCGGCCAGACCCAUUUACGACAAAUAAAGUGGACUUGGCAUUCAUGACGGCGGCUGCUUAUAUGAAGCUGCGUGAGCGCAAGGCUGAUGGCGUGGAGCUGUUAGGCGUGACGCCUGUGUUCGCACACCAGAUGAACGUAGAGAACAAGCCAGGAUACUUCUGUGACGUCAUCAUACAUAGCGAUAAGAAAGCCCAUAACGUGAACACACUGCUGGAUCUGCGCGGAUGUACUUUCGCCUAUAGUGAUGAAGAAUCUCUUAGUGGAAGCAAGUUAGUGCUAAGAACUUUAAAGGAAAAAGGAGAGAACGCCUCUUUUUUCGGUUCACUAUUAAGGUCUGGUUCUCAUUGGGCGUCAGCUCAGAUGGUAUUGUCCAAACAAGCAGAGUGGGCUGCGGUUGAUUCCACCACGCUCUUGUACUCUAAGAAGUUUAUGCAGGAUGGUGGAAAAGACAUCACGAUACUAGAGACAUUAGGCCGUCUUCCGCCAUAUCCCGUAGUCGUUAAUGCAAGGCUACCAGCGAAAACAAAGCAAGCGAUAACUGAUGCUUUACUCAAUCUACCACAUACUGCCCAGUGGAAGAAAAGGUUCGCCAAAUUCGGUGUUAUAAAGUUCGCGACCAACAGCGAUGUCGCUUACGAUGGGGCGGCUGCACAGGUGCGGGCCGCCGCGGCCGAGAAACUCAAUGUUAGGUAUUAUUAGGGUGUUGUUGGUUGUGUCGCUCCUCUACGUUAUUUAUAUUUUGUACGUCGACUAUACUCCUAAAUAACCACUCACAUACUUAUAUA